CAAUGAUAGGACCCGGAAGCCGUUGGAACGGUGCCAGUCGCAAUGGUUUAUGGGAAGUGUAGUUCCAUCACUCUUAAAUAAUUCUGCCCACAGUCGGGUCAAGUUUGACCCAGGUGUGCGUCCACGAUGAAGAGCGUCAGGGUCGUGGUGGUGGGAGCAGGUGUGAUCGGAUUCUCCACUGCCGUCUGCAUCGCCGAGGCUCUUCCCUUCUGCUCGGUGACCCUGGUGGCUGAGAGGUUCACCCCGGACACCACCAGUGAUGGGGCUGCGGGCAUAAUGUUCACCUCACAUUCCCCAGAUAUUCCUGUGGAGCGACAAAGGCGCUGGUUCAAGGACAGUUUUGACCACUUCUUGGCCAUUGCUCAGUCCCAACAUGCACCAGAAGCUGGAGUAAUAAUGAGCUCAGGGUGGCAGAUUUUUAAGGAGGUUCCUGCUGAAAAGAAGCCCUACUGGUCAGAUUUUGUGUUUGGCUUUCGACACAUGACCGCCAGUGAGCUGAAACGGUUUCCAGAUCAUAGGUUUGGCCAGGCCUUCACCACCCUAAAAUGUGAAUGCUCCACCUACCUGCCAUGGCUGGAGAAAAGGUUUAAAAAAGCCGGAGGGCGAGUUGAACAGAGGAAAGUCAACAGUCUCCAGGAAUUAAGUGGCUACGAUAUCGUUGUCAACUGCUCUGGCCUGGGCUCCAAAACCUUGGUGGGUGACACCCAGAUGCACCCCAUUAGGGGUCAGAUCCUCAAGGUGCAGGCCCCCUGGCUGAAGCAUUUCAUCAGAGACGGAGAUGGAAAGACCUACAUCUACCCUGGCAUACACAGCGUCACUAUAGGCGGCACCAGGCAGGAGGGGGACUGGCGACUGGACGUUGACGAGGGAGACACCAGGAGCAUCAUAGAGCGCUGCAGCAGGCUGGAGCCCUCGCUGAGCAAAGCCAAGGUGCUGAGCACGUGGGUCGGCCUGAGGCCGGGCCGGAGGAACGUCAGGGUGGAGCGGGAGGAGGUUCUACUGCAGGGCCGCCGGGUGCCUGUGGUCCACAACUAUGGCCACGGGGGCGGGGGGGUCACCAUCAGCUGGGGCACGGCCCUGGAUGCACUUGGGCUGGUUAGGCAGUGUAUUCAUGAAAUGCCUCUACACGCUAAACUGUGAACCAAUUCUGCUGCUGAAUACUGCUGCAUUUGCUGCGAAUAACACUGAACAGAUCUACUGUCACAGAGAGGCGCAAAUUGUUUAAGGAUGAUGCCAGUAUUAAAAUGCUCUGUACAUAAGGGAAUGAUUUUAGGAAACACACUGAUGAAAUGUAUUAUAUUUUAGUUUACUGAGAACGAUGACUCCAUAAAUUUUGUUUGGACUUAAUUAAGUGCCUUCACUGUCAUUAUUGGUGCCAGACUGCCAGUAAACCUUGAGUAAAGAGAUCUGUACAAACACAGAUACAGUAUACACAGGAUAACAUAUUAAAAUGUGACAAAGCGAAAGUAGAAGUGACAGAUAACUGUAUGAAACAAUAAGGAAAUACUGUACAUUAACAAAUGUAAUGAGAUUUUUAUUUGCUACUGAGACUGGUAUCAAAACUAGGUGUUUGUAUCUAAUAGUGUAAAUGAUCAUGGUUCAAUAAAUGCCUGCUUGGU